AUGGAGGAGGGCGACAACUGUACAAAAUACAUCGCACCCGAGAUCAUACAAUGUGGUUUUCUCAUGGACCGCUACACUGGCGACCUGAGACCCGUCUUUAUCUUUUCUGGAAUCUCAUGUCCCACGUUCGCCCUGCUGGCUGAUGACCACAGCUACCGGGUGAUAGUGAUGACAGGAGGGAUGCUGGCUGCAGGCGGAAUGUGUCUCAGCUACGGAGCAGAAAACAUAUAUGUACUGAUCGGGGCAUACGGUCUACUGACAGGGUUUGGCAUGUCAAUGAUCUACACACCCUCACAGGUAAUCGGCGCACUUUACUUCGACAAGAAACGCUCCCUGGCAACGGGUCUCAUACAGACAGCAUCAGCAGUUGGAUCGCUGAGCGGUCCUCUAUUGUGUGUCGCGCUCAUAGAAAAUUACACCUGGCAUGGAACGAUGUUCAUUCUAGGUGGCAUGUAUCUACAAACUGUAGCAGCUGCUGCCAUGUUUCGGGGAAUACCUAGAGCCGCCAAAGAAGAACUAAAGAAGCGUAGAAAAGACAGAAACACCCGUCUCGGUUUUCUCAUGGACCGCUACGAUGGCGACAUAAGACCCGUUUUUAUCCUUUCUGGAAUCUCAUGUAUCGUGAGUGGAGUCUUGCAGGGUGGCGCCCUCUGCAUUAACUACAGACAGAAGCACGCGAGUGAGGAACGACCGCAGUCAGGACGGAGAGAAACACUGGACACAAUAUUAGAGGAAACACGAUGUUAAUUAAGUUAAUUAAAGUGUUAAUUAGCGAACACUGCAAACUCAACUAUGUUACGUAGGCCUAUAGAUGCACAGAGUGAAGAAUUACUCUGUUACAUUCUGAAUGUAAUUUAAUAUAAUUUGUUAAUUCUGCAAACGCUUUAUUAUGCGCAGUGUGUGACUAUCUGUUACUAUAUGUGUAAUUGUGAUUAAUAUCAAUAUAGUGCGAACAAAAAGUGAUGGGUUUUAGCUAAUAAUAUUUUUAGAAAAGAGGCGCAUUUCAAAAUGGUGGUGUUGCAUAUUUUUAGUUAUGCUAUAUUUUUUGGUAAGAGACAAGAAAAGCAGUAGUCAUAGUACUAGUAGCCAAUUUAUCAAUUAUAACCUAUAAUACAAUUAUUAAUAUUUAAUAAUAUUGAUAACUGGAAAUGA